AUGGGCGUCGAAUCCAAGGAACCACUGCUGCACGACCUCGAGUCUGGGAGGCAGACGACGCCCGCCUCGCAGCGCACAUGCACGCCAUCGCUGUGGCUGCCCCCGCUCGCCUUUCUGCGACGCAAAAAGUUGCUCGUCGUUCUCCUGCUCCUGCCGGCCAUCUACCUCAUGCUCGUGUACAACGGCAACGCAUCCACACCGUUCGACUACAACACAGCUUCCGAAGCUGGUGCGCAUGUGCUCGACUCGCUGCAGUCGUCGCUCCACCACGCCGCGCCCGCGGUCAACGAGCUGGCAGGCAAGCUGCCCACCCCACCGCACCACUACGACGACGCACACCUCGACAAGGACGGCCACCUCCACAAUGCGCUGCUGGACAGUCUGCAUGUCGAAGGCACCUCCGAACUCGCCGCACUCAAGCAGAAGCUCGACCACGACCCAGCUGCGUCGGCUGCAACGUCCAAGCUGGAUCUGGCGCUCCAGGUGGGCGAGAUGACCAAGUUUGACGCCAAGGACGAAAGCAUGCUUCUGCUUCUUCACGCGCUCAGAGACAAAAAGUUCACGCUCCAAGACGACUGGAACGACAUCUUUUUUGAGCGCACGCCUCUGGCAGGCGGCCUCUUUGCCUCGCUCAACGCCGGUCCGACCAACAAGUUCACCCAGCUCCUCGCGCAGGUCGGCCUGCCCAAACCCUCCAACACCACCGGCCAGCCCUCUUCGCCCAAGUUCUCCAUCCUCAACGACGCACACCAGCUCUACUCGCUCUCGCGCGCCGACUGGGUGGCACGCAUGCGCGAGCCACUGGGACUCACCGUGUUCAGCAAGAGCUACUGCCCCUACUCGAAGCGCACCAAAGCGCUCCUCACCUCGCUCAACGCCACCUUCACCGUGUACGAGGUGGAUUUACGUCCGGACGCGCACAACCUGCAGCCAUUGUUGGCGCAGCUCACGCGCCACAAGACUUUCCCCACCGUCAUGGCCAGGGAUCACCUCGUGGGCGGCAACGACGAUGUGCAGGACUUGAACAAGAUCCAUGCGCUGAACAGCAUUCUUCAGUCCGUAGGCGCGCUCUGA